AUGCUUCUCUCAACGUCAACCCGCAAGGACCGACCUUCCCUCGACCUCCCUCGUCUAGCCCGCCGCCUCCACUACACCGUCCCCGCUCCUUCCACUCCCUCCUCCGCCGCUGCUGCCACGUCAGCCUCCGCCGGUGACGUCAGCGAUGACGCGGCGUUGGCCCAGUUCGCGCACGCGUACUGCGUGUAUCUGCAGGAGCGGCUUCGGUGCGUGGACAGCAUAGGGCUCCAGGUGUUCCGCACGGGAGCGAAAUCCGCAACCGGGGAAGCCAAAAACGGGGACAUAGUUGCUGAAAACUGCGUAUUGGGGAAUUCGGAGAGUGAUUCGGAGCGGGGGCUGGGUGAAGCGUACUGGGUGCAGCUUCAGUCAGACGCUGUGCUGCACCAGGUGGCGUCGCUUCAGCAGCUGCAGCAACGGCUAGUUGACUGCGCCGCCGCUGCUCCCAGCGGCCUCGGCACAAGCUUCGCAGCACGGAAAACCGCAGCGGGAACAGCGGGGGGUGCAAACGGGGGAGCAGGCGGGCGUGGGAGGGAGGGGGAGGGGAAGGGGGAGAGGGAGAGGCGGCGGCGGGUGGUGCGGUAUGUGCUGGAGGUGGCAUUGGAUGAGAGCUUCCGCGUGUAUGGGUGGGUCAACUACGGGCUGAUCGAGCUCAUGGAGCGACUCAGUCGGUUCCCCAAGGAGCAGGCCAUGCGCGCGCUUCAGGUGUGCCAGUUCUCGGUGCAGCAGGGGAAGGCGCUAUCUGACAUGUACACGCGCCUGGGGGCGGCAGGGGUGGGCGCAGGUGUGGCCUUCCCCUCCGUGGCAGUGCUGGGGGACGGCGUCAUUGGCAACCUCUCUGCCUCCGUUGCUGCAGGCCCGGAUGCUGCCAUGAGCGUUCCGCCCUCUCCCAUGCACUCUGCUGCUGCUGCUGCUGCUGCUGGUAGUGGUGGAUUCAGCAGAGCCGGGAGUUUCGCUGAUGGCAGUGCUGCUGGUGGUGCUAGUUUCAGAGGUAUGGGACCGCCGCCGCCGCCGCAGCAGCAGCAGCAGCAAGCACAGCAGCAGCAGCAGCAUCAGCCGAAUUUGGACAGGAGUGACUCUCAUCGUUCUCUUCCCAACGCCAUGGUGCUCUUCACUCCUGUCCCAGGCCAACAACCUGGUCAUCCCCAAUUUCAGCACCAGCACCAGCAGCAGCAGCACCACCACCACCACCAGUACCAGCAACAGCAGCAGCAGCAGAUGGGUUAUCAGCACCAGAACCCUCAAGGCCCCAGCCCGUACUACUCCUACAGCGCCUCUCAACCACCACCCCCCCAGCCCGCCAGCCCUGCUCUCUCCCCUGCCGCCCAGCAGCAGCAGUUUGACGACACCGCUCAAGCGCUCUUUGGCUCGUAUUCCUCGCAGCCCUCUCCUGCUGCUGCCUCUAAUGCAGCCGCGCAGAUGAAGUACCUCACGAAUGGUGCGCAGGGAUGGGAGCGUGCGCUUGAUGAUACAGCUGGUGCUGCAGGUGGUGCUUCGGGUGGUGCUUCAGGCGGUGUUGCAGGGUCGUACAUGCCUCCGAGGCAGCAGGGGCAAGGAGGACAACAUGCACCCCAUCUUUAUCAUCAGCAUCAUCAGCAGCAGCAGCAGCACCAGCAGCAGCAGCACCAGCAGCAGCAGCAGUGGGCACUAGCCGCUCCCGGGCUAAAUGGUGGAAGCGGUACAGCUGGCAGCAGCCCAUUGGAUCAACCACCCAUGACCGCCUUUUCUGGGGGCUGGGACCAGCUGUUACUGGACAGCCUGUAUGAGGCGGCACAGGCACAGAAACACGCCUCUGAUGCCACAGCAGCCAGAUUGGGAGGAGCAGGAGGCAGUGGUGUAGGCACUGGUGCUGCUGGUGGUGGUGGUGGGAUUGGUGGUGCGAAUGGGGAUCCUUUUGCAGCUUCUGCUGCGGUCCCGCCGCCGCCGUAUGUCCAGAUGGCACUUAGAGCGCAGCAGCAGCUGGCUAUGGAGCUUCAGAGGCGCAUGCUGAGUCAGCACGCGCGGUUUUUUGCGGCUGCGAGGUCGGCGGGAGGGGCGGAUGCAAUCCUGUGGACGAGGCUGUCGUGGCCCAACCACGCGCUCAUCCCGCGCAGCACGCUCGCUCUCGCCAUAUUCUCGCUCUCGCUCACCUGCAUCGCCCUCAGCGCCUCCCUCCUCGCCUCCUCUUUCAUCCGCUCCUCUCCCCCCCCUGCCUCGCCCAGCAGCACUCCUCAUCAUGAUGCGGCCUCGUCUGGCAACACUCUCCGUGGCCCCGUGCCGCGCGCUCGUCACAGCACAGUUGCAAAUUCAGGUAUGAGCAGAGAUAAGCCAGGUACGACGGAGAUUCUUGGAGGCAUGGACGGAUCAAGGGUAGAGAUUCUACCUGGAGACGCGACGACCCUGGCAGGUGGAGAAGAAGAGAAAAAUCCCCCUGAGAAAUCAAAGAAAAUUGUCCCUGGAAAAGUGGAGAAGAGUGGUUUCAGGUGGUACGAGUGGGUGCUGGGGGCUUUUGCAAGCCCUCUGGGAGCUUUCAGUGAGCUGAGCGUUCCGUAUCAUGCAGAGCAGAGAGUCCUGCCGUCUGGUCAAGGCUCCUCGGGUUCCAGACGAGAAGGGCGGGUGGUGGUCUCUGCUACCAAUGGCUUGGGGGCGGUGAUUCGUGGUGAUGAUGAUAGUGAUGAUGGUGGUGGUGAAAGGGACGGAAGGGGGGAGGUUGUUGCAGGAUCGCAGGAGGAGAAGGAGAAGAUGGCUGAUGAGGAGGAGAGAAGGGAGGAAAAGGAGACGGGUCAAGGGGAGGAGGAGCAAGGGGAGACGCAGCUUCGGCACGUCAUGUUCAACAUAGCCUCGUCCCGAGCCACCUUUCCAUACCGCCGAGCCUACCUGCGCAGCUGGUGGCGCCCGGGUGGGCAGGAGGAGGAGAUCCGCGGCUACGUGUGGGUGGAUGACGUGGCAGCGGUCCCGCAUGACGUGGCGGUGGACCCACCUGUGAGGGCCAGCACCAACACGAGUCACCUGAGCUACAGGGGCACGGGGCUGAGGGAGUAUCUGCGUUUGGCGAGAAUUGUGGUGGACGCGUAUAGGCUGGGGGAGAAAGAUGUGCGCUGUGAGCCACCUGAGCUACAGGGGCACGGGGCUGAGGGAUUAUUUGCGGCUGGCGAUAAUCAUGUGAGCCACCUGACUUACCGGGGCACGGGGCUGAGGGAAUAUUUGCGGCUGUCGAGGAUUGUGGUGGACGCGUACAGGCUGGGGGAGAAGGGCGUGAGAUGGUACGUGAUGGGCGACGAUGACACGUUUUUCAGCCCCCGCGCCAUCACAGCCUUCCUCGGACAGUACGACCACAAGACACCCCUCUACCUGGGAGCACCCUCUGAGACGCACUACCAGAACGUGGCCAACACGCACGGCAUGGCGUUCGGGGGUGGGGGAUUUGCCAUCUCGGCAGCGCUGGCGCGCAUGCUGAGUGAUGGCGGCGCCAUGGAUGCGUGUUUGGAGCGACACGCCACAGUUUGGGGGAGCGACGAGCGGGUCGCUAGCUGUGUUGGCGAGCUGGGGGUGAGUGCACGUUGGGGUAGAUCUGGGCGGGAGUCUCUUCGAGCUCCUCAUGACGCACCCCCUGCACCCGCUGCACCCCCUGAACCCGCUGCUUUCCCCCCAGCCCCACACCUUGACUCCAUCUCCCCUCUGCCCUCCCUCCUCUCCCAGGUGUCCCUCACUCCAACGCCAGGCUUCCACCAGGUAGAUCUGGGCGGCAGUCUCUUCGGCCUCCUCAUGGCGCACUCGCUACAGCCGCUGCUCUCCCUGCACCACCUUGACUUCGUUGACCCGCUGCUGCUGCCAGCUGGCAUCGCUGACCGGGCGGACGGGCUCGCCACGCUGGCAGAGAGGAUCCGGCCGGACCCGAUUGGGUUUGCACAGCUGGCAGUGUGCGGGGAUGGUUCCCAGUGGACUGCAGCCAUAUCGUGGGGCUUUGCCAUCAAAAUCUACCCCGGGUAUACUCGUUUCUUCCCCUUGCGAUUCUUUCAUCCCUUCUUUUCGCACCUGGCGCGGCUGCUACCAGAGCUGGCGAGGGCAGCAGAGCGAACGUUCUACUCGUUUGUGGGGAGUGGCGCGGCUGCUGUCAGGACUGGCGCGGCUGCUGUCAGAGCUGGUGAGGGCGGAGCGAACGCGCGGCUGCUGUCAGAGCUGGUGAGGGCGGAGCGAACGUUCUACUCCUUUGUGGGGAGUGCCGACCCCACCGCGUUCACCUUCGAUACCAGGACACCAGAGGUUGAGGAGAGCGGCCGGCGCAGCACGGAGGGAGCGGAAGGAGUGGCAGGGCGGCGGCGCAGCGGAGAGGUGGGCAGCGGAAUCGAUGCGGGUGAAAGAGGCGGAAGCAGAGAGUUUGGCGGAGGGUGUGGCGGAGGACGGGGAGGCGGGCGGAAAGGACGAGGGGGACGAGGAUUCAGAGGGGAGAGGGGAGGGAGAGGCGGGGGAAGAGGAGGGAAGGAGAGGAGAGACUCUGCGCAAGAUGGCGUGGGUGAGGGGGGGGGAGGGGUGGCGGGGAAAAGCGACGUGGAAAUGCGCGUCUGUAGGUCUACCAGCGGGAGUGACAGUAACGGCGGCGGUAGUAGCAGCGGCAGCGGCAGUGGGAGCGGCAGCGGCAGUGGCAGCGGCAGCAGUAGGUGGAGCAGCAAGCGAGGCGGCAACGGGAGCCGUGUAAGGGGUGCCGAUGGUGCUGCUGCAGCUGCUGCUGCUGCUGCUGCUGCUGCUGGUGCCGGUGCUGCCGUUGCUAGUGGGGGUGCUGGUAGUGCUGAUUCUGCUCUUGUAGCGUUGGCUGGGAAUGCGGCAGGCAAUCGGAGGGGCCAUGGUUUCGGAAUUGUAGCAAGCGUGGCGAGCGGUGUCGACGUGGCUCGAGCCGUCGACGUGGCGAGCGGUGUCGACGUGGCGAGAGGAGGGGCAGGAACGCGAGGUGCUUUGAGUAUUUUAACCAAGGGAGCAGCUGGAGAGGGGGGUGCGGCCGGGGGAACAGCAGGCGGGGGGGCAGCGGGCGGGGGAGAGUGGGCGGAUCCGCUCUCCUUUCCCCUCUCACUGCCCCUCUCCCUCCCCCUCUCCCCCUCUAUGGGUUUCUCCCCCCACUCUCUCCCUUCCUCCUCCGCCUCCUCCCCCUUCUCCUUCUCCUCCGCCCCAACCUCCCCGUUCUCCGCCUCCUCCCCCCCAAACCAAUCGCACACUCCCCUCUCACUCCCGACCCAGCUCGUCACCUCUUCCGAGCCUCCCCCGUCCUCCCAAGCCGCCUCCUCUCCCCGAGCCUGUCCGUCAGGCUUGGCAGGGGUGCUGCAGGAUUGCCAGGAGGUUGUGUGUCGAGCCUUGGAGGGCUUUGAGUCGAGGCUGGGUGAAAUUGUGCUGGGAACACACUCUCCCCCGGACUCUCCCCCGCACUCCUCCCCUUUGCUCUCCCCCGCGCAGGCGUCUCCCAGGGGGUGGGGGAGAGCGGUUAGAGCGCAGUGGGAUUACCCUAGGGGCAACGCGGAAACAGGGGGGACGAGCCCCUCCUGUUCCACCAGUGCGCAAGUAGCGUCCACUAGAGGGGGAGGGGCAGAUAGGACGCAGGGGGAGCGCGCCAGAGGCAGCGCGGAAGCACAGGGGGAAAGAUCCCCCUGUUCUGCCAGUGCGCAGGUAGAGACGACUGGAGGGCGAGGCGGGGGCAGGGCAGAGGGGGAAUGCGCCAGAGGCAGCGCGGAAGCACAGGGGGCAAUCUCCCCCCGUUCCGCCAUUGCAAACUUCUCCCCCCGCUACGCUGCACAACUUACCCCUUUGCACCGCACUCCACACCCUUCAACCGCGUCCUCCCUGUCCCUUACCUCUGGCAACCGCUCCUCCUCUCCUCACGUUCGCUCGCCCCGCCCCUUGUCAUCCCAACCGCCCUCUCCCCACCCGCCCUCCCCCCACCUCCCCUCUCCUCACCCCCCGUCUCCCCAGUCCUCCGCUCUCCCCCCCCUUUCCCCCCGCGCCACACAUGAGGCGCCUCUGAAAUCCCCCCGCGCUUUAAGCAACCCCGCCCGUUUCCCCCACACGUCCGUUCACUCGUCUCACACGUCCUCCCCCUCUCACACGCCAACCUCCUCUCAAGCAUCUGAGCUUCCUCGAAACCCCCCUUCUGCCCGCUUGGCCCUUCGCUCCCACUCCUCUUCCGCACUGCUUUCCCCCUUUCCUGGCAAACCCCUGUCCUCACCCAUCUCUCCCUCCCUCCCCUCCUCCCCGUUCCCCUCCUCCUCCUCGCUCCCCGUUACCCCUGCGUCUCUCUCUUGCUCCUCCCACCCCCCCUCUCCCUCAACUUUCGAAGCGUCUCAAAAGUUGCUCCCUGUUCCUGCUGCUUCUCUCUCAAGCAGUCCUGUUCCUGCUUCUUCUCUCUCAAGCAGUCCUGCGGAUGAGUGUCCUGUCCGCACCCGCUCUGCUGUGCCUACUGCUGCGUUUGACCCGAGCCACACAGGGAGAGAUGCCGCACCUGCUGUACCUCUCAAGCCUGCCACCCCUGCUGCACCCGUCAGCACGUCCGCACCUGCUACCCCUGCCACCCCUUGGAAGAGAGUGUCGCCUCGCAAGGCUGCAAGCACCAUCAAGAGUUCUUCUCCUCGUCCUCCCGUUCGCAUGCCCGACUAUCCCUCCCCAUCUCCCAAUCCCUCUCUCUCCUCCUUCCAUCGCGCCGCUUUGCACCACACUGCACCGCAUACUGCCCCUCACUCCUCCCCGCAAAACUCCCCCCAUGCUCUCUCCUCUUCCCCUCACACCCUCUCUUCUUCCCCUCACUCCACCUCAUCCUCUGCCCACUCCUCCCCUCACUCUUCCUCUCCCUCACUCCACCGCUCCCCGGUUGGGGCUGUGGUUGGGAGAGUGGCGUGCGAGUCAGGUGCUUCUGUGGGCGUUGAGGGGGGAGCAGCAGGGAGAGGGGGAGCAGCAGAGGGGGGAGGAGCAGCAGGGAGAGGAGGAGCAGCAGAGGGGGGAGGAGCAGCAGGGAGAGGGGUAGCAGCAGAGGGGGGAGGAGCAGCAGGGAGAGGGGUAGCAGCAGAGGGGGGAGGAGCAGCAGGGAGAGGGGUAGCAGGAGGGAGGCACAGGAAGAGCCCGUCAAUGGGGACACUUCCUUCGAUGGUGUGCCAUGGUGCCCUUGAGAGCUUGCGUAACUUUAACGCAUAA